UUGUUCCUUUCUUUAUCUUUGAAAAGCCAACUAAAUUUGUUCCAUUUCAUUCGGAGCUCCACUGCACGGAGAGAAAAGAAAAGAAAUCUCACAACAAAAACUAAGGUUAAGACAUGAUCAAGAUGAAGUUACCUACUGCUGCAGGAGUUGCUGUCUUACUACUGGUUAACACAGUCCAAGCUGAAGUCUGCCCUCCUUCUUGCAUAUGCAAAUCACCCAAAGGAACGAAGAUCCAGCUAAUUGACUGCAGCUCAAGGGGACUAAAGGAAGUGCCUGCCCUGCCUGCUAGUACCAAGCAACUUUAUCUACAGAAUAACAGCUUGACCACUGUUCCUACUGGUGUAUUUGACGGCUUAGUCAGCCUGGAAGAAGUGAACGUACUCAACAAUCCCUGGAACUGUGACUGCCACAUUCUAUAUCUCAAACUCUGGUUAGAAGACUUCAACUCUUCUCUCACCAACCUCAGCUGUGCAAGCCCAGCUUCCAUUGAGGGAAAGCCUUUGAACCAGUUAAGUGGGAACGAGCUGGAUGGCUGUAGGGCACUUUUCCCAAUCAAAUGCCUUGAGUUCUUUUGGCGGGAUCUUGUUUUGAUCAUCUUUGCAAUAAUUGCACUUAUUUUAAUGGCAUAUGACCUGAAGCACUUCAAAAAGCUAGAUCAAGUUACUGUGAGCCAGAAUGAGCCUUUUGGCCUACUGCUGCAAAAGCAGAGCCUAGAAAACUACAAAUCACAAUGAGAUGUCAUAAUCACUAAUAGCUCUCUUCACUAGAAUAGCAAACUUCCCCGUCACAAAGGAUGCAAUUGCACAGGAAGUACAAGUUCAGAAUUAAGUCUAUUGGGAUGGGUCCCAAGAUGGAAAGCUUGGAUCCUCACAUAUCUCUUUCCCCAGAAUUCAGGUAUAAGAGCUUGAUUUGUACCCAUCUUUAAACUGCACUUAAUGUACUUAUUAGCAAGUCACAGUAAAUUAAUCUUAAUCCUAUAUUAAGCUGCUUUCAAUAAGCAUGUAGCUGUUUUAGGAAGUUUUAUUUAACUCUAAUCUGUGAUUCUAAAAGAUGUAAUUUCACAUUUUUGCCAUUAUAGUCUCAGCUCUUCUCACAGAAGUUUUUACAAUGUAAUGCUAACUAACUAGCUUUUGCUAAUGUAUAGAUACAGAUGUAGUAUACAGAUUACAGUAUAUCAUAAUUACUAAGUUAGAUGCCAAUCCUAACUCUGACUCUGUGUACCCCUAUGCUGAUAUACAGUCAUAUUGGGUAGGGACACACUUGCAGUCACAUUCAGCCAUUCUAUCAAACAAAGCAGUUUGCUAUGCAUCAGUGACCUGUUUUUUCAGUUAUUUACUGCUCCCUCAGUCAGUGUCAUUUGUAAACUUUUUUAUUUGUGGUUUUGUGUUCUCUUUCAAAUGACUGAUUAAAAGAACCAAACCUUGCUGGCCUUUCCUUCAGAAGUUUAUUUACAGCUUUUGCCAAAACAGUACAAUAAAAUGAUAUUAUAAAAACAGCAUUUAUAUAAAUUGUAACUUUACUAAAAAUAUAUAAUAAGAUUAUCCAUUGUACUAGUUAACACAAAAUUAAAACAGAACAUGAUGUAUAAUGAUAUCAAAGAAAAUGUUAAAUGAAGUCAUGAAUGAUAAAAUAAAAGAAGAAAAUUCUAUUUGA